GUCGUGGCGUGGCUGGUCGCGCCAGGCGGGGAACUUCACCACACUGGAGCCCGGAGUCCCACUCUCUCACCUGCGCAGUUCGGAGCUGCCAUGGGUCUCUCGCAUGGAUUUACUGUCCUAAUUAUUCUACCGGCCUUUCUGCUGCACACCAGCGGCCUUUACAUCGCCAGUAGCGUUGACUCCCUGCAGCAUGUCCUGGGGGAGUAUGGACUGGUGAGGCCGAUCAGUGUGGACGCAGAGGGCCGCUUCCUGUCACAUGCCGUCUCGGCUGGCCGCAUGGCAGGAGGGCAGUCCCGUAGGCGCCGGAAGAGGGAGGUAGGAGUAGGCAAUGAUGAGUGGGAAGGACCAAAAGGAGAGCCAGGGGCCUUUCAGGAAAGGCUUUACUACAACGUCACAAUCUUCGGCCGGGAGUUCCACCUGCGCCUGCGCCACAAUGCCAGGCUGGUGGCCCCCGGAGCCAAGAUGGAGUGGCAUGAUGACAGCGACAGCGCCCGGCACUCUGAGCCUCUCCACGAUGAAUGCUUGUACGUUGGGGACAUCGCAGACACACCAGGAGCAUCUGUUGCUAUCAGCAACUGUGACGGCCUGGCUGGUAUGAUCAGGAUGGAGCAAGAGGACUUUUUUAUCGAGCCAGUGGAGAGGGGAGAUGGAGUGAUGGAAGAGGGGGAGGAGGACGGAGGAGAAGGGAGGACACACAUCGUCUAUCGCUCCUCAGCCGUAAAGAAAGCGCCUAUCAGCAGCACGGCGGCAGACUACCACUCCAGAGGUGCUGAUCUUGGUGGUUUGAUGGACCUGGAGUCUCUGUACCGCGGCGUGGAGCAGAGCAUCAACCACACGCGAGCGGGGCGAAUGCGCCGGCAGAGCCUGGACCGGGCCUACAACAUUGAGGUGCUGCUGGGCGUCGACGACUCUGUGGUGCAGUUUCACGGGAAGGAGCAUGUCCAAAAGUACCUGCUCACACUCAUGAACAUCGUGAAUGAGAUCUACCAUGACCAGUCUUUGGGAGCAAAGAUCAACGUGGUGCUGGUGCGGAUUAUCAUGCUGGGCUACGGCAAGUCCAUGAGUCUGAUCGAACUGGGGAACCCGUCUCAGAGUCUGGAGAACGUGUGUCGCUGGGCCUUCCUGCAGCAGAAGCAGGACACAGGGGACGCUGAGUAUCACGAUCACGCCAUCUUCCUCACACGCCAGGAGUUUGGCCCGACUGGCAUGCAGGGUUACGCCCCGGUGACGGGCAUGUGCCAUCCGGUCAGGAGCUGCACGUUGAACCAUGAGGACGGUUUCUCCUCUGCCUUUGUGGUGGCACACGAGACCGGACACGUGUUGGGGAUGGAGCACGAUGGCCAGGGGAACCGCUGUGGAGACGAGGUGCACAUGGGCAGCAUCAUGGCCCCGCUGGUGCAGGCUGCCUUCCACCGCUUCCACUGGUCCAGAUGUAGCAUGCAAGAGUUGGGACGCUACCUUCAUUCCUAUGACUGUCUCCGUGACGACCCCUUUGACCACAACUGGCCCUCGCUGCCUCAGCUUCCUGGGUUGCAUUACUCCAUGAACGAACAAUGUCGCUUCGACUUCGGUGUGGGCUACACGAUGUGCACCGCGUAUCGCACAUUUGACCCAUGUAAGCAGCUGUGGUGUAGCCACCCAGACAAUCCCUUCUUCUGCAAGACCAAGAAAGGACCGCCCAUUGAUGGCACCAUGUGUGGGAAUGGAAAGCAUUGCUUUAAAGGUCACUGCAUCUGGUUGACACCUGACAUCAUAAAGCAAGAUGGAAACUGGGGUUCAUGGAGUGAGUUUGGUCAGUGCUCCCGCACCUGUGGUGGAGGAGUACAGUUUCGCACACGCGACUGUGACAAUCCAAGACCAGCCAAUGGAGGCCGCACCUGCGUUGGGGCGACUUACCAGUUCCAGAUGUGCAACACCAACGAGUGCGAGGAUAUCUACAGUGACACACGAGAGGAGCAAUGCCACGCUUGGGACCCCCGCUUUGAAAUCCACAGCAACAAGCACCAAUGGCUGCCUUAUGAACACACAGACCCUAACAAACGCUGCCAACUGCAUUGCCAAUCCAAGGAGACACAAGAUGUGGUCUCCAUGCAGAGGAUGGUCCUGGACGGCACACGCUGCUCGUACAAGGACCCGCACAGUGUGUGUGUGCGCGGGGAGUGUGAGAAAGUGGGCUGUGACGGUGUGGUCGGCUCCUCAAAGCAGGAGGACAAGUGUGGAGUGUGUGGAGGAGACAACUCCAGCUGUAAAACAUUCAAAGACACCAUCACACGUACUGCCAAGAAACAAGGUUUCCUGAAAGUUCUUGAAAUCCCCAGAGGAGCGAGACACUUGCUGAUCCAAGAGCUGAAAGCGACCUCACACACUUUAGCCGUAAAGAACGUGGCAUCAGGACUGUUCUUCUUGAACGGGGAAAACGAUUACCCAGAAUCCCACUCGGUCAUAGAAAAGGGCGUCGAGUGGGAAUAUGAGAAUGACAACGACAAGGAGACUCUUCAGACCACCGGUCCACUCAGACAUGGAAUUUUGAUCAUGAUGAAAUUGCAUGGAGACGAGGACGUGAAUUUGUCAUAUAAGUACAUGAUGAACAUGGAGAGUGACACUGGCAUUCAGAACAACAUGCUGGUGGAGGACAGUGCCUAUGAGUGGGCUCCAAAGAAGUGGUCCUACUGUUCCAAGCUCUGCGGUGGAGGAAAACAGUACCUUCGAUAUGGCUGCAGAAGAAAAGUUGACAGUAAGAUGGUCCACAAGAGCUUCUGUAAUAAAUCCAACAUGAAACCUAGAGGAGACACCAGAGACUGCAACCAGAAGCCCUGCCCUCCACCAAUUUGGGUGACAGGAGAGUGGCAGAACUGCAGCAAACUAUGUGGAAAGACAGGGAUGCAAAUCCGCUCGAUCAGCUGUGUCCAGCCGUCAGAUGACAACACCACACGCUCCAUUCACAAUAAGCACUGCAACGACGAACGGCCCGAGACCCGCAGACCCUGUAACCGACACAACUGCCCCACCCAGUGGAGGGUCGGAUCGUGGUCACAGUGCUCUGUGACAUGUGGUAACGGGACGCAGCACAGGUGCCACACCAGGGACAACAGCAUCGGCCUGUGUCUGGACAGUAAGCCUGAAACCAUCAGAGUCUGCCACCUGGAUCCAUGUCACAGGGACUCAGACUUCAACAGGAAUGGCAACAUGCUGAUCCAGUUGCUGUCUCGCCGUAACUCCAUCUACCCGCAGAUCUCCUCACGCCGGCGUUGUCAUGGAGACCGCACCGUGUUCUGUCGUAUGGAGGUGCUGAAGCGCUACUGCCCUCUACCGGAGUACCAGCGCAUGUGCUGCAAGUCCUGUGCCAAUGUCAGCGUUACAGGAGUUCUACUCACCUUCACACCCAUCACCUCCAUCCUGCCCAGAGUUACAGCUCCUCCACCCAGCAGCACCCUUAGCUCUGGCUUCACCACCAUCCCACCCACCACAGCUGUCAUCACCACCAUUUCAGCUUCUACCAUCGAUCCCCGGACCACCACUCAUCCUCCUACCUCUAUCACUGCUAUUCCUCAUUCCACACUUUUCCCUACACAAAUGAUCCCCAAUCAUCCUUCUACGUCUACCACUGAUGUUCUGACCUCCACAUCUUCCCCUCUAAGUGAAACUCAUAUGAUCAUCACUCAUCCUCCAGCUGCCACCAGUGCUACAGUCCCUCCCACCAUCUUUUCCAUGUCGACCACCUCAAGUUCAACUUAUUUUAGUGUUACAGCUCAUCCCCUACCUCUGCCUGCCCCAGACAUAGAUGAGAACACAGACAUACAGUUACAGAGUACUACAAAUGGUCCAACAACAUCUGGUAUCAUAACUACAACACACCUUCCAGCAACAAACAUUCCAACUAUGACGCAUCCUACAGAAAGCACUACAAAAAUAGAUGCCCAAAUAAAGUCAAAGCCUAAAAAGAUUUUGCCAAAGAAAAAACCCAAAAAGGUGUUUCCACCAAAGAUCAAUCCAAAAAAGAAUACUGCACAAAAAAAUAUUACAAGACAAAAUGUUCCACUAAAGGUCAAGCCCAAAAAUAAAACGAAUGCUGCUCCAAAAAAGGGUAAAUUAGGAGACAGCAAUCCGCCGCAAAAUAAACCAGAAAAAAAAGCUCCCAAAAAGACUAUUAAACCAAACACGGCCCCUAAAAAGACUACUAAACCAAACACCACCCCUAAAAAGAAUCCCCCUGUAAAGACCACCACCAAAAACAGUCCUGUGAUAAAGACUCCUCCCAAGAAAAAACCAACACCCAAAAAGAAGGCUCCGUCACAGGCCAAACCUAAGAACACUCAGCCAAAGCAAAAACAAACAAAGACAAAUAUCCAAAAGAUCCCCAAACCAGGUCCCAAAAAGGCAACAAACUCACCAACUAAAAUAAAUCAGGAUAGGUUCAAGGUAAAAAAGACUUAUCCACCAAAGAAAACCCAAAAAACAGUGUCUCCAUAUUUGACAACAACUGCCACUCUGCAAACAAGUCCAGGACCACUAAGAGAGUUCUUUUCUUCCACUAUCUCUGGCGCCAGUGUAUAUGCGACAGUUGCAGGCAUGCCUUUGUCUGAGUCCAGAGUCAAUGUCACAUACAUCAAUGACAACACAGCAACUACAGAUGAAACUCCGCUGUGGUAUUAUAAUGUUUCAACCACAACACCUAUCACUUUUGGAGAUGGCAUUACACCAACUGACAUCGCUCAUUUUGAGGAAGUCAGCGUGUCCAGUGGAACCAUGCCUCACAGCGGUGCUCCAAUGACCAGCAGUGGUGAUGUCCCAGUAACCAGCGGGACCAUUCUCAGUGGUGAUGACAUCACAGUGUCCUACAGCAACAGGGAAGGGGUCAGUGACACCAUGGUGCUAGAUGACGGACUCACUAUGAUGAUCCCAACCAUCAACAGCGAGGAUAUGACGGACCUCGCUUCCUCGCCCUGGCUGGACCUGUCUGAAUACAUCCCUGUGAGCUUUCCUGUUCCCACGACAACUUCAGACCCUGCCUUAGCCUCACCUUCCACCAUCAUCACUCUGCCAACAGAAACAUCAGCCAUCUUAACCACAACCAAACCACAGCAAAGACCAGAGGAGAACAAUGAGAACAACUCCAUCGACAUCAUAUACAACAGGGUCAUCGGCGUAGACAACGAUAUCUCCCAGAACAAUCUGAUCCCAAGGCGUCGGGUCAAUCUCAGAGAGAGAACCAAGAACAAACGCAUUCAGGAGCUUCUGGAGGAGAAGAGGAACUUUCUCCUCAGGAUGAAGCGAGGUCACAGAGUAUGAAAGAUCAAGCCUUCUCAUUUCUCUUAUAGAGAUGAAGGUGUUCCUUACAGACUUUUGUAAACUAUGUUUGAACCACUCUAAACUGCCAUGAUGCUUUUUAUGAGGCCUUCACAAAAAACAUUGUCAUAUCACUAUCAUGACCAUCAGGACUUUCCCAGGUGGAAAAUCAUGGCAGAAUGUUUGAUUAGUUGAGAAUUAAGAAAAGUCCCAGAUUGUAGGCAAUUUGAAGCAAAUUGUUUCAUCUAUGUCAACAAAUCAAUGAAAAGCAGAAGGGAUCAAAAGUGAAUAUUCAGUUUGCCAGUUUGGUCGGGACUUCAGAAAUCCAUGUUUUUAUCCCCCAAAACCACCCACAGACUUGUUAGAGGCUUAAACAAUGAUGUAGAUAAGGUGUUAUGUUGUUUCUAAAAUGGUAUUAUCCCUACUGGCACUUAUUGAGCAACAUAUUCUAUCACCUAGAACCCAAGUCUUCAUCUCAAUAUUAUAUUACAGCCUAGGACUGCAGCUCAUUUCCCGAUAAACAGAGAUGUCUCCUCCCCUAAUAACAGCUUCUGUAUGACAACAUAAAAAUGUCCUGUUGUUAAAGGUUUAAAAUGUUUUUGUCGACAAUCAUUUUUAUAAUUUGGUUUUAAAAUGUUUUUUCUUUACCAUCCCUUGUCCGGUCCUGCUCAGGGGGAAUCUUACAUCACAUCCACAUCGUCUAAAAUCUUAUCUAAAAAAACUAACAUGCACUUCCUGUUCUCCAAAACAAAAGAGAUAGGCAACAAGUCACAUAAACCAAUACCAAACAGACUGGGAAUCAAGUGAAAGAAAAAUAAUGUGUAUUUCUCUGUAGGGUCCUUAACAUUAUGUCGUCAGACUCUUAAAAUAACUAUAUGAGCUUGACCAGUUUCAAAGUUGUCAUGUUAUGUAGAAAUUGUACUUGAAAAAGAUAUGACGAUGCUGUUCAAUCAAAAAGUCAAAGUGCACUUUUCAUUAGGUUGUGAAAAGUUUACCCUGCUUAGAUUGUGUGGCCUUUUCCAAAACAUGGGGUCUCUCAUCUCUCAGGAAGUUAAGAUAACGUAUAUUGAGGGACAUUGCUAAACAUGUGAUGCUUCCUGAAUUGUUUCAAUAUAUAUUUGUAAUAUCUCAUUAAGCAAGCUGGAAAAAAAGUAAAGAGAAGAAAACUAUAUUAAUUGCAAUUUCUUUUUUAUGGCCAGUCAAGUAUUGUUCUUCCUUGACAGUGUUGCUUAAGUGAUGUCCCUCCUGCAUUCAUUUAUGUACACACAUAUUAUAAUAAAACAAACAGGCCUGUUUUUAUCAAAUGUAAGCUUUAGGGGCCAGUUUAUUUUAUUUUCUAAAGGCUUUCUUAAUGGUACAUCUCUAACUUGCAGCAGCUGCAAAAGCAUAUAUGGAUCGUUCUGUACAAUAUCUGUACAUAUGAAAAGAACUUAAUGUUUAAUAUUUAUUAAAGUUUACAUGCC